UUAAUGCCGUCGCGCCGAUAUUUUGAACAGUUGCUUUGCGCACUUCGAUCGUGGCAGUUGGUUGUUGGCUCGUUAUCGUUGCUCGCGUCGUUUGUAUCGUACAAAGAAAUUAAUAAUACACAACACAAAAAAGCCAUGAUGAAAUCAAUGCUCAUUUUCUCGUGCCUUCUGGUGGCCAGCGUGCGUUCCGAGGAUCUCAAAGUGGAUGUGAUCAGCAAACCAGAUGUCUGUGAUCAGAAAUCGAAGAAUGGCGACUCACUAACCAUGCAUUACACGGGCACUCUGCAGGCCGAUGGCAAGAAAUUCGAUUCCAGCCUUGACCGUGACCAGCCAUUUACAUUCCAAUUGGGCGCCGGACAGGUGAUUAAGGGCUGGGACCAGGGUCUGCUCGACAUGUGUGUGGGCGAGAAACGCAAGCUGACCAUCCCACCACAGUUGGGAUACGGGGACCAGGGUGCCGGCAACGUAAUCCCAGCAAAGGCUACGCUCGUCUUCGAGGUGGAGCUGCUCAACAUUGGAAACACGCCACCCACCACGAAUGUGUUCAAGGAGAUUGACGAGAACAGUGACAAGCAGCUGAGUCGCGAAGAGGUCAGUGAAUAUCUGAAGAAACAAAUGACCGCCGUUGAGGGUCAGGACUCUGAUGAACUGAAGAAUAUGCUGCAGGAGAACGACAAGCUGGUUGAGGAGAUCUUCCAGCAUGAGGAUAAGGACAAGAACGGUUUCAUCUCGCACGAUGAGUUCUCGGGCCCCAAACAUGACGAGCUGUAAAGGAUGGCGGCAUGUGCUUAAGUUAUAUACUUACAUACAUACAUAUAUAUAUAGAUAUAUAUAAAUACAGUGCAACACUACACAUACACACAUUAAAAUAACAAAUUCCAAACAUAAAGAACGCGUGGACUGACGCCCCUGGGCGCUUGUUAUUUCCUUUUUGCAACGUCAUUCAUAUUUGUAUAUAGGUACAUACAUACAUACAUACAUAUAUGCAUCGAUAUAGGAAGCUAAGCCACCCCAAACAAACAAUUAUUAUCCCACAAUGUACAACUUCCAUUACAAUAACAAACAACAAAAAUAUGGAGGACGUCUCUCACUUCAGUCUAGGCAUAGUUUAAAUUAUGUAAAGAUACAGCAGAGAAUAUGACAAAUCUGAUUAAGCAUUAAACUUUUUUAUAUACAUUUAUAGGUUGUUAUAUUUAAAGUUGUAACUAAUUUGUGUUGUGUCUGCCAAUCAGCAAAAAGUUGUGAACAAGUUUUUCAGAGGAUGCUGUAAUAAAAUUAAAUAAAAACAA